AUGCUUAACACUAAGGAUAUACAAAAGGGAUUACUAGAAUUUGAAGCUAGCACUGAUACUUUAACUCCUCUAAAUUUAGUGCAGCAUAAUUAUUUUAAUUUGGCUGGAAGUGGGGAUAUAAGUAAUCAUUGGUUGAAAUUAAAUUCUGAUUUUUAUACUCCAACAAAUAAAGAAAUGAUUCCGACUGGAGAAAUAAUUAAUGUUGACAAUACUUUAUUUGAUUUUCGUAAUGGGAAAUUAUUAAAUAAAAAUAGUCAUCAACCUUUAGAAUUAGACAAUAAUUUUAUUUUAAAUAACAAAAAUUCUUCAGAGCCUGUAGCUAUUCUUAAAAGUCCAGAUAAUUUAUUAACAUUAAAAUUAUGGACAGAUCAACCAGCUUUACAAGUUUAUACUGCUGGAAAACUUAAUUUGCCAUCAAAAAUAAAAGGAUUAAAUAACCAAUUAUACCCUCCAUUUGGAGGGAUUUGCUUAGAGGAUCAACAAUUUCCAGAUGCUGUUAAUCAUCCAAAAGUGUUUCCAUCAAUAAUCAUUUCACCUACAAAUCCAUACAAGCAUUUAUGUAAAAUAGAGAUUGCUUGA